AUGUCAACGGGGAGGAAGCGGCGGGUGGGGGAACAGGAGGAGACGUGGGACGGAGCGGCAAGAGGCAGGGGGGCGGAGACAGAGAAGAUGGAAGAACCCGAAGACUACAAAGGAGGAGGCAAGGGCAGAGACCGCGAUGGAGGAGUUGCUGAUUGGUGCUCAGGACUCCAUGCUGAAUCAAUUUUAACACCUGGCUUACCAAUAACUGGCAUGUCUACGAGUGAAGCUUUAGAGGAGGUUGUAUCAUCUCCGCUCAAACCAGCCGGAGAAUCAUGUAACUUUGAAACAUAUUGUUCUUGGACGUCAUCUAUAAGUAUGGAUGGAAAGCCACACUGGGUACAAACACUCGUUGGGGAAUUGUCACUGCAAGACCAGGUGCAGCUUCUGAACAAGUCUAGAAGCCUUGAUGAUGGAAUUCUUCUCCUGAACACAAGUCAGUUCUCAGAGAGCUGCAUCAAGGCCCGGCUACUGAGCCCCUUGUAUUUAGGGAGUUUCAAGACGUGUGAGCUGGAAUUGAUGUUCUACUCUCAGGACAAGUCUACAGCUCAGAGACUAAAGGUGACGAUGCAGGACAAGAAAUCAAACCUUACCACAGAGCUACCACCCCUAAGAGAGGAGGAAGCCAGCCAAUGGUCUCCAUGGAGGCUGCUAAGCGCUGAGAUUGGAGGAAUGGAUUCUAACUUUCAAAUCUCUGUGGAUUAUGAACUUUGUUUUCCAAGAACAGAGACCUUCCUAGUUCUGGACUCUCUCCAUCUCCGGAACUGCUUUGGUGGUAACAGUGAAGAAGAUUUAUAUUCUUGUCCAUGGGAGUCAUCUUUCCUUUGUACAAAUGGGGAAUGUAUUGGUCGUACGAAAGUGUGUGACUUUCAGAUGGACUGCCCAGGAGGAGACGAUGAAGGUGCAGUAUGUGAAAAAAUCCUUCCUCUUGGUGCCCACUGCACCUUUGAUCAAGGCACUUGCCACUGGACUGCCAAUACUUCAACUGGUAGCUCAUGGACAUAUGCCAAUUCAGUGCAGCUGAAUCAUGAAGAUAACAUCCACCCACUUUCUACGGAAGGGCAUUUCUUCUACCUGCCAAUCGAAAAUGAGCAUAAUAGUAGCACUGCGACCGUGUACAGUGACUUUUUUCCCCCUGUGCUGCCAAACAAAACCUGUCAGUUAACUUUGAAGUUCCUUAUAUAUGGCACCUUCAAUGGAACACUGGCAGUGUAUUCCCAGGAAGAAAAUACUGGGACGGACACAGCUAAGUUAUGGCAGACAGAAGGGAGUCAGAGUGGUUCUUGGUCUUCAUCAACAUUCAAGAUUCCUCAGUUCAAUAACAGAUUCCGCAUGCAGUUGGUGGCCACAUGGGGCAGAGACUCACUCACACACAUCAUUGUUGAUAACAUCACAUUUUCUGCAGACUGCUUUAAUUCAGGAAGAAUAGAAUUCAGUUCUGGAGAACAGGAAAGACCAGGUCAGAGAGACCCAUGGGAAGAUGAGAUUGUCAACCCUCUGUCGGAGCCUAUUGACACCGAAGAGGAAGAAGGCGUGGAGUGGCGGUUCUCUACGUGUGGUGCCAUUGGACCACAUGGCCCAACUCAGGCCCAGUGUAACAAUGCAUACCGCAACAAAAACUAUACUGUGAUUGUUGGAAAAGAUGGCCCACUGAAAAGUGUCCAGAUGUGGAGAGUCCCAUUUACCAAAGUAUACACGAUUUCUGCUUAUGGUGCAGCAGGAGGUAAAGGAGCGAAAAACCACAACAAGCGCUGUCAUGGCAUCUUCAUGUCCGGAGUCUUCCACUUAGAGAAAGAUGAUUUGCUUUAUAUUCUGGUUGGCCAGCAAGGAGAAGAUGCAUGCCCUGGGAAAAAUAGUAAGACCCAAAAAAUAUGCAUGGGAGAGCUAUCAGUCAUCGAGGAUGAAUACAGAGAGAAGAACAGUCUCUCGGACUGGGCAGGUGGAGGAGGAGGCGGAGGUGGAGCUACCUAUGUAUUCAAGGAGGUGAAUGGGGUGUUCAUGCCAUUACUGGUUGGUGCAGGAGGAGGAGGAAAAGCUUAUCUUGAAGAUCCAUAUGAUGAAUCAGAUUUCGAACAGCAAGAGACAUUUGAAAGGAAUAUGGCAAUUCCUGGGCUGAAUGGAAACAGUGGAGCGGCAGGUGGAGGUGGUGGAUGGAGUGACAUCACGGAGUUGCCAUGGACCGGGAAAUCUCUUCUAGAAGGGGCAGAAGGGGGCCAAUCCUGCUACCAGGCAAAGGCCACUCUUAAGUGGGAGACCUAUGGUGGCUUUGGUGGCGGUGGAGGUCCAUGUACAUCUGGUGGAGGAGGGGGAGGAUACCAAGGUGGACAUGCAUCACAGCUGGAUGAUGUCUCUGCUGAUGGGCAGGAUGGCGUUUCCUUCAUUAAUCCUUCUGGAGAGAUGUUUAUCCAUCCCUUGGCUGCAACGGAGAAUGAUGGGGAAGUGCGUAUUGAGUUUUAUUUGAACUGCAGUCACUGCAAGUCUGGGAGCUGUAUGAAGGACAGGGAGCAGAGAGUGGUGUGCCUGUGUGAGGCUGGGACCAUGCUGGCAGUGGAUAACAUAACCUGUGAAGCACCCAAAGGACCUGUUCCGGACAGGCAGUUUCCUCUUCCACUUAUUCUUGCUGUUCUAAUUGCUACAGUUAUACUUGGCGUGAUCUUUGCCUGUGGAAGUCUGUCAUUUGUUUACCACCGCAAGAAGAAGCAGCUGGAGGGCGCACGGGUGAGAUUACAAAGCACGGAGUACAAACUUAGUAAGAUCCGUAGUUCCAUUAUCAUGACAGAUUACAAUCCGAAUUACUGCUUUGCUGGGAAAGGAGCCGGACUGAGUGAACUGAAGGAAGUUCCUCGGAAAAAUAUCACUUUGCUCAGAGCCCUUGGUCAUGGCGCCUUUGGAGAGGUCUAUGAAGGCCUGGUGGUUGGUAUUUCUGGAGACCCCAAUCCUCUGCAAGUAGCCAUUAAGACACUCCCAGAAAUCUGCUCUGAGCAGGAUGAAAUGGACUUCCUAAUGGAAGCGCUUAUUAUCAGUAAAUUCAACCACCAGAACAUAGUACGCUGUAUAGGAGUCAGUCUACAGACCCUUCCCCGCUUUAUCCUGCUGGAGCUUAUGUCUGGUGGGGACAUGAAAACCUUCCUGCGGCAAAAUCGCCCAUGGGUGGACCAACCAUCAAAGUUAACAAUGUCAGACCUGCUCAACAUGGCCAGAGAUAUCGCCUGUGGCUGCAAGUACCUGGAGGAGAACCACUUCAUACACAGGGAUAUCGCAGCCAGAAAUUGCCUCCUGAAUCAUACCAGCAGUGGACGUGUGGCUAAAAUAGGUGACUUUGGAAUGGCUCGGGACAUCUACAGAGCAAGUUACUAUCGAAAGGGAGGGAGAGCCAUGCUGCCUGUCAAGUGGAUGCCUCCCGAGGCCUUCCUAGAAGGAAUCUUCACUUCCAAGACUGACUCCUGGUCCUUUGGUGUACUACUUUGGGAGAUCUUCUCAUUAGGAUAUAUGCCUUACCCAUGUAAAACCAACCAGGAGGUGCUGGAGUUUGUAACAAGUGGUGGACGGAUGGAUCCUCCCAAAAACUGCCCAGGACCAGUAUAUCGAAUAAUGACGCAGUGUUGGCAGCACACACCAGAUCACCGACCAAACUUCUCAACCAUAUUGGAACGGAUCAUCUACUGCACACAGGAUCCUGAUGUCAUCAAUACUGAUCUCCCUGUAGAAAGUUGUCCAGCCCAAGAAGACGAAGGCAGCACAAUAAUGCGGCCAACCAUCUGUAAUGGAAUUACACCUCUUUUGUGCAAUCCUACUCUCCCGGUUAUGAUGGACACACAGACCAUGGAGCAUAAGCUAGGAGAUAUUCCUGAGGAGUUACGGGUUGAAAACCUAGCAAGCUGGAACCUCCGAGCUCCGAGCGUUGGCGAACCUUCAGAAGGCUCAUGGGCCCCAGCAAACCCAAUCUCCACUUCAGAGACAAAACCUCAAAUGUCCCACAAACUAAAAAACAAAUCCAAAAAUCUCUGGAACCCAACGUACGGGUCUUGGGUAAUGGAAAGCACCUGCUGAUGCUGACCUGCUUAAGCAUCUUAGUUUCUGACUAGGAUAAGAAGACUCAGGUUUAUACCUUGGAACUGUGGGAGCUGUCUCUCUACCACAAGCCAGAUGUUUCAGCAUUUCCAAAGAAAACUCACUACACCUUCUAAUCACCUUCACUUGUUUUAAGUUGGAUUGCAGGCAAAAUAAAAAAAACUUGAUAUCCCCAGUUAACACUGUGAAAUAUAUUUCUAAGGAGAACUUUAAAGACUUCAGCUGAAAGCAGCAUACUGGCAUUGACCUCACUUCCUAGCAAAUUAAUAUAUUUUUUUAUUUCUCUUGAGUUUACUUUAUGAAUGGGAAUAAGGUCUGAAAAUAUAGAAUGUCUGCUUUAGUAAUACACAUCUCCUCUUUAUAAACAGGAUUCUAACUGCAAUCUGAUAUCCGUUAAAAUAAGCCAUAGAACUCUAUACUAAGAAUAGGUUGUUCUGUUGAAAUGUCUGGUUAAUGUAAAGCUUUGUAACUAAGAACACAAAGGGACAAGAUAUACUCAGAGUAAAGUCUCAUAUUCCACUGGAAAUAUCUGUGGUUAAUGCAACUGUCAAGCUCGUAAGGCUAGGAUGAGAACUCAGCACCGGCAAAUAUUAGAUUCUGGUCAAAGCAUAUUGUAAAAUAAAGACGGUUUCCAGUACAUCCCAUUGGAAUAAGUGCAGUUGGGUGAACCUUUCGUACAGGGUAACAUGCA